AGGUAAUGGGAGCUUCUUGCUGGUAUCUGUGAAUUUUGGAUAGCAGAACUUCCAUGAUAUUGCCUAUAGUACAAUAUCACGUAUUGUCGAUACUUUAUCAGAAAUAAAGUACGGUGUGAGAAGUAUUUCAGAAUCGAGCUUGUUUUUGUGAACUGAAGUUUAAAAGAAAUUAGAAAAGUUCGAUUAACGAGUGAGGCAAACCUUGGUAAUCCACACUUCCAGCGCCUUUCUGACUCUACCUUCGCAGUCCCACGCUGCGGCAGCUUCCUGCCAGGAUAAGGAAUAGUUAUCUGCUUAGUCUCAUCCUUCAUAUUUGGCAAUCUGAGGAAAAGGUCUGAGCCAGCAUGAAGACAGAAUCCCCUCUUCAUUAGAGAAAAAAGCUCCUAUGCAACCGUUGUGUACUAAUGAUGUAUUCUGAUUACUUAGCUUUCUGCCUGACGCAGUUCAUUUCAAGAAGUGCACGAUGACAGAGCGUGGAAUUAAAUGGGCUUGUGAGUAUUGUACAUAUGAAAAUUGGCCAUCUGCAAUCAAAUGUACCAUGUGUCGUGCUCAGAGACCUAGUGGAACAAUUAUCACAGAAGAUCCAUUUAAAAGUGGUUCAAGUGAUAUUGGUAGAGACUGGGAUCCUACGAGCACUGAAGGAGGGAGUAGUCCUUUGAUAUGUCCAGAUUCUAGUGCAAGACCAAGGGUUAAAUCAUCUUACAGUAUGGAAAGUGCAAAUAAAUGGUCGUGCCACAUGUGCACAUACUUGAACUGGCCAAGAGCGAUAAGGUGUACUCAGUGCUUGUCUCAACGUAGGACCAGGAGUCCCACAGAGUCUCCUCAGUCUUCAGGUUCUGGUUCAAGACCAGUCCCUUUUUCUGUUGAUCCAUGUGAGGAAUAUAAUGACAGAAAUAAACUAAACACAAGGGCUCAGCACUGGACUUGUUCUGUUUGUACAUACGAAAACUGGGCGAAGGCCAGGAAAUGCGUUGUAUGUGAUCAUCCCAGACCUAACAACAUAGAAGCAAUAGAACUGGCAGACACAGAAGAGGCUUCUUCAAUCAUAAAUGAGCAAGACAGAGCUCGAUGGAGAGGAAGCUGUAGUAGUGGUAAUAGCCAAAGAAGAUCUCCACCUACAACCAAACGUGAAUCUGAUGUGAAAAUGGACUUCCAAAGAAUUGAAUUGGCUGGAGCUGUGGGCAGUAAGGAAGAACUUGAAGUUGACUUCAAAAAACUAAAGCAAAUAAAAAAUAGAAUGAAAAAGACCGACUGGCUGUUUCUAAAUGCUUGUGUUGGAGUUGUAGAAGGUGACUUAGCUGCUGUUGAAGCUUACAAGUCAUCAGGAGGAGAUAUUGCCCGCCAGCUUACUGCAGAUGAAGUACGCCUGCUAAAUCGCCCUUCUGCUUUUGACGUUGGGUACACGCUUGUACAUCUGGCAAUACGCUUUCAGAGACAAGAUAUGCUAGCAAUUUUGCUUACAGAGGUGUCACAACAUGCAGCGAAGUGCAUUCCUGCCAUGGUAUGUCCAGAGGUCACAGAACAAAUUCGUCGUGAAAUUGCUGCAUCUCUUCAUCAACGAAAGGGAGACUUUGCUUGCUAUUUUCUGACUGACCUUGUAACGUUUACGUUACCUGCAGAUAUUGAAGACUUACCACCCACAGUCCAAGAAAAGUUAUUUGACGAAGUACUUGAUAGAGAUGUUCAGAAAGAGCUAGAAGAGGAAUCUCCCAUUAUUAACUGGUCAUUGGAACUGGGUACGCGCUUGGACAGCAGAUUAUACGCACUUUGGAAUCGGACUGCAGGGGACUGCCUGCUUGAUUCAGUACUACAAGCCACUUGGGGCAUUUAUGACAAGGAUUCAGUGCUGCGGAAAGCUCUUCAUGACAGUUUACAUGACUGCUCACAUUGGUUCUAUACACGCUGGAAAGAGUGGGAAUCGUGGUAUUCCCAAAGCUUUGGUUUACAUUUCUCAUUGCGAGAGGAACAGUGGCAGGAAGAUUGGGCAUUCAUACUCUCUCUUGCGAGCCAGCCUGGAGCGAGUUUGGAGCAGACACACAUUUUUGUACUUGCACAUAUUCUUAGAAGACCAAUUAUAGUUUAUGGAGUAAAAUAUUAUAAGAGUUUCCGAGGAGAAACGUUAGGAUAUACCCGCUUUCAAGGUGUAUAUUUGCCUUUGUUAUGGGAACAGAGUUUUUGUUGGAAAAGUCCUAUUGCUCUGGGCUACACAAGGGGCCAUUUCUCUGCUCUGGUUGCCAUGGAGAACGAUGGUUAUGGCAAUCGAGGUGCUGGUGCUAACUUGAACACUGAUGAUGAUGUUACUGUUACUUUUCUACCGUUGGUGGAUAGUGAGAGGAAAUUAUUGCACAUUCACUUCCUUUCUGCUCAAGAGAUAGGUAAUGAGGAGCAGCAAGAAAAGCUGCUUCGGGAAUGGCUGGACUGCUGUGUGACAGAAGGAGGGGUUCUCGUUGCGAUGCAGAAAAGCUCUCGUAGGCGCAAUCACCCGCUGGUCACCCAGAUGGUAGAGAAGUGGCUCGAUCGCUACCGACAGAUCCGCCCUUGUACAUCCCUUUCCGAUGGCGAGGAAGACGAGGAUGAUGAUGAUGAAUGAUGAAGAAAUUGAAAAGAAAAUUACCAGCACAGAGUGUCUGACCCGGAGUUAGCGUUGUGCUCUAGCAGUUCGUUGUGGAACGACCCAAUUCUAGAGGAAACAUGCUGUAAAGGAUUUUUCUAACCAGCGUGGAGAGAGUCUAGAAGCUCAUCUGCUGCGUGAAGAGCGCGAAACGGGCUGGACAACAGUUUGUAUAAAAACAAAGAAAAAGAAACAAAAAACAGCUAAUUUUAUUAUCAAGACAGAAAAAAACAUUUUUCUUUCUGAUUGUAAAUCUGUCUAUAAAUGUACCGCAUGUGGUUGUGUAAGAGGUUGUGUAAUAGGAAAAGUAUACCAGCAUCUUAAUUAUUGCGAAGAAAUUUUUCAAGUAAGGGCACUUAUGAAAGCACAUGUUAGAUUGGAUAUCUCUUCCCUCCAAGAUUCUUUUACAGUAGAACUUGGUAUUCUACAUCACCUUUUAGAUGAUACUCUGACACAUUUCCGUGAAAUACCCUUUUAUGUGAAAUCUCACUAGUGCCCAGGUCAGAUUGUGAGGUUUUUUUGUUUGCACAAAAUAUCCACAGCAAGUCGUAAGCAAAAAUACAUUCGUUAUUUUACUAAUAUUUUAGUUACUGCUGUGCCCAUAUAAUAAAAUCUAAACUCUAUGGAACAAACUGGAAGAGAAGCUAAAUUUUUCAUUGAGUGAAAUGAUUUGUUUUCUGAAAAAGUUUUGGGUUUUCUUUUCUUUUUUUUUUCCUUCUAAUAGUUAAUAGAUUCCUUUCAGUAUACAUAAGAAUAUUUAUUCAGAGAAGUGACCUAAAAUAAGGGUUUUUAUUCCAGCGAGCAUAUACUAAACAAAAUUGUGUGAAAUUUGAGAACUCACACUAUUGAGAAUUUCAUAUUGUUAGAACUCCGUCUUGCUGUGAUACAAACCAUGUAUCAUUUUAUCAUUUAUUCUUUCAUCAACUUAAACAUUGCUGCAAAUGAAGAAACACCUUUUUUAAAGGCUUACUCCUCGGUCAUUAAAUCUAGUGAGAAUACACUUGGCAGUUCUGAUUAAAAAGAAGAAUCUAUGCUAAAGUUGUUUUUAAAAGCACUGUGUUAUAUGUUUCUCAGUAUGUAAACCUGGGAAUUUCUUGCAUGUUGAUUGAUGUGGCCAUACUUAAACUUAUGUAAGUUCCUAAGAUUGUAAGUUCAGAGUAUAUUCUCCAGUAGAAAUUUUAUUAUAUUUGAUAACUUUAGCCAUGUAACCUGUAAUGGAUAAAGUUUAUCUAAAAAUCUCACUUAAACACUAAAGGUUAAUGCCAGUUUUUACAUAUAUAGUGCAAUUCAGGUUGUCUUGAAAAGCACUUUUGAUGGUGUGGUGGUUGAAUAAGGAAUUUUGCAGUAGAUGAAAUUGUUUUAAUUAGAAUUUGGAAAGAAGCCCCAUAGCACAUAUUUUUAUGUAGUUCAGAGCUAUGGAAACCCUGAGGAACUUGCUGCUUUUUUCUUCCAAAUGCUGCUUAGAUGGUGUUGAAAUGUGCACAACUCCUACAUAAACUUGGUGAGGACACCAAAAGUAUAAAAAUAAUGAAGUACUGUAUUAACUUAGCAAUUUUCCCAUCACAGAUUCCAUUGAGGUUUAUUAUGAAAUAUCUUCACCUUUUUUUGGCCAUUAGAUCUCUUCUGAUUGGUGCAUGCGCAAAUUUUCAGGUAAAAGAAUGCAUGCUUAUCUGCAAUGUACAUAUGACUUACCUGAACUAAACAGUCAGACCACAGAUACUAAAGAGGUUCUCUACAAGCAUAUGGCCCUGUUUCAAGUUUGCUUUCUAAAUUGUGUUUUUUUUUUUUGUCCUUUUUCUUACCUUGCAGUGAAAUCCUUUUAUACCUCGUCUAGCUGAGGAUGUAAAGCUUUUCUGUCAGGGGAACAUAAAGCUUUUCUGCCAGGGGAACUGAACGCCGAGUAAGCUGGGAUGAGAAUUUCCAUGAUCUGAGCCGGCCUGCACCGUGUGCUUGGUGGCAUCGUUUAUCUGUCGUGGUGUAGCCCAGCACACUUCUGGAGGUGCUUCUAGUUGAGGACUACGUAUGCCAGCUUCAGAAGUUCUCGUUCAGUAACCAGAUCGCUGUAAAUUCAGAUCCUAGCUUACCCAGGACUAGCUUCCCUGUGCAGACCACCAUUUGAGUGGACAAAAGGAUAAGCUCCUACCUUCAGUAGGCUACUUCAAGGGGUGUGCAAAAUGCUGUGCGGAAUUUUAACAUUCCCGCCCUUUGCUUUCUGCAGUACUGUUCCGUUUAAGGAAGUAAAGCUUCCUUGUAACAUGGGGAGAAUAACCAAUGUGAAAGUCUACCUUGAGCCAAAUUCGACGAGCACGCCUUUCCUUAUCUCCUGUUGCUGUACAUGGGCAGCCUGCGUUGUGGCCUGACGAUCCCCGUCCCCAACCAGCACUUCGCCGUAGCAAGUGGAAGUUCACCAUGCAGUCAGUUCAGCUGUUUUUCAAAAGCAUGCACCGUGCUCUCCGGUAUUUAUCUAGUUCUGGUAUGAGAGGACAGUCCUGGUACUUCAGAGCUCUUGGCUUUCUUGAUCAUUAUUGUUUUGUUCUGAUGUCCUGUAAAAUGGUAUGUUCAGGUUAACACGCUUCACAGGUCAUUUUGGAACUGGUGAAGUAUCUUUUUCAAAAUCAAAGUAAUCCAAACCUCAUGUACCUGUAGAUUAAAGAGAUGCAAACCCCUGCUUUGUGC